UUUAUUUGUACGAGUCUUGUGAAACGUUUGCCUGUAAAUAAAGUGCAUUUCAUACUGAAAAGAACCGGAGUUGGGGUGGAACACUGGCGAGCUUCGAGCCGGCUUUCUAAGGUCCCUGGGGCCCAACUCCUCCUCCCUAUCCGGGCACGCCGGGGAAGCGGCAGCCGAGGAGCCCCUCCCGCGCCAAGGUCUCCGGGGAGGGGGAAGGGAGCCGUGAGCCUCGCCGCCCGAGGGAAGGCGCCCCGAGGACGCGUCCGACGACGGCGCUCGCUCCUCCACCUGCAGGUCCGGGGGGCGCCGAGAGGCCUCGCCGGCGUCUUUUCCAACGCCGCCGUGUUCCUAGGUAGCGAUGCACUGCCACUGAGCGUGUGCAGAAUGCCGGCCAGGCGGGAGCGGCUCUCGGCGGCCAUUUUGGGCAUCGCCCCGCCCCUUCCGGCCUCACCUGGGCGGACAGGUGCGGCCCGCGGAAGCGGCGAGAAAAUGGGGCUCUCGCGGAAGAAGCCGGACGGGGCGGCCCUCCUGCCGCUGCUUCUGUGGGCCUUGGUCGGUGUCCGCUCCCUGGAAAUCCAGGCUGACCCCAAGGUCCAGGCCUUCGUGGCUGAGCCAGUGACCCUGAAGUGCUGGUUCAAGUCCUCCUUUCCAGUCACAGAGAAGCUCACCAUCGACUGGACGUAUCGGCCUCUUGCAGGGGGCAAUUUGGAGCCAAUCUUCCAUUACCAGUCUGUCGCUUACCCUGCUCAGAAGGGCACCUUCCGUGACCGGGUCUCCUGGGCUGGGAACGUGGCCAAGCGUGAUGCAUCCAUUAGGAUCACCAACCCAAUGAUGGGUGACAAUGGGACAUUCACCUGUGCUGUGAAGAAUCCCCCGGAUGUGCAGCAUAACAUUCCCCAGAUUAUGCUGACCGUCACUCAGAGAGGCACUUCCUUCCAUCUGACGUCAGCUGGGCUGCUGUCCAUCCUCGUCUUCCUCCCCUCGGCCAUUGUGGUGGCCUUGCUCCUAGUUCGAAUGGGCAGGAAGUUUGGGGUGCUGAAAAGCAGGAAGAAGUUCAGCUACAAGAAGUCCUCCAUUGAAGUCUCCGACGAACCUGAGCAACCUGGCUGCAGGAAGAGGCUCGCUGUCUGGUGUCUGCGGUGUCUGGACACAGAUGAUGAGGAUCCUUACUGACUUGAGGAGAAAGAUGACCUUUUUGAGUGUCACUCAAAGGCCAACCAGAUCUGUCCCAGUGAUUCUGCAAUGAAUGGAACUUUGGCCGUGGACUUAAGGGUGUCAGGGUGUCAUGGGCAGAUGCUGUGGGACCAGGCUCUACGUUAUGCUGGGAAUAAUCAAGAGGUUAACAGUC